AUGGAAGGACUUGGCACAUGGAGCAGCUCAACUGGCACGCAAGGAAGAAGGAGAAGCCAUCUUGAAGACCAGCUCGACCGUCUACUCGACCAACCGGUCGAGUUCCUCAACUCGACCGGCCAAGCUUCAACUCGAUCGAGCUGGGAAGUCAAAAGAAUUGGAAUCCGUAUUGAGGUCUCUGACACUGGAAAUGACCAGUUUCAGCAUUUGGUAGAGCAGAUUCUAGCUUGUGGAGUUAGACACGAGCUGCUUCCUGAAGUAGACAAACAGAGACAUCAUCUCCCUUCAAGCAAAGUUUUAAACAGAAAAACAAAGGCAGUGUUCGUCUCAUCUUCUUCUUCUUCUUCUUCAGGGUAUUUUGAGAGCAUCAGGGACGUAUAUUGGGAAAACCCGGCAGUGAGGGGAGAGAUAAUCAGUGUUUACAUUUAUGUUUAG